AUGGCUGCGCAGCACGGCGAUACGGCUCCGGGCAACCGCACCGCGGUCACCCACUUCGUCCUCCUAGGACUGACGAGUGAGCCCAAGCUGCGGACUCCUCUCUUCCUCAUCGUCUUCACGAUUUAUCUCCUCACCCUGAUGGGCAACGCUGGGCUGAUCACCUUGAUCAAGGCAACCCCCCGGCUGCACACUCCCAUGUACUUCUUCCUCUGCAACCUGUCGGUUGUUGACCUUUGCUACUCCUCCGUCUUCUCUCCAAAGCUGCUUGCUUGCUUCUUGGCGGAGCAGAAGACCAUUUCGUACUCCGCCUGCUUUGCCCAGCAUUUCUUUUUCCUUGUCUUUGUGACCACAGAGGUGCUCUUGCUGGCCGUGAUGGCAUACGACCGCUACGUAGCCAUCUGCCACCCGCUGCUCUACACCGUCGCUAUGCCCAAGAGGGUCUGCCUUCGGCUGGUGGCCGGCUCGUACGUCGGGGGGCUUUUGAACUCACUAAUCCAAACGUGUUGCUUGCUACCAUUGCCUUUCUGCGGCCCCAAUGUCAUCAACCAUUACUUCUGCGACACCAACCCUCUGCUGAAGCUCUCCUGCUCCCACGACCGCCUCAAUGAGCUUUUGCUUGUAACCUUCAACGGGACCAUUUCCAUGUCCGUGCUCCUCCUCAUCAUCAUCUCGUACGUGUCCAUCCUCUUCUCCAUCCUAAGGAUUAGGUCCAGCCAAGGAAGGCACAAAGCCUUCUCCACCUGCACCUCCCACCUCCUGACCGUUGCCGCCUUCUACGUGCCGGCGGGGCUGAGCCACAUGCAGCCGGCCUCCAAGUACUCGCUGGAGGUGGAGAAGGUCACCGCCGUGUUUUACACCCUGAUGGUCCCUAUGCUCAACCCUCUGAUCUACAGCUUGAGGAACAAGGAGGUCAAGGACGCGCUUAGGAGAGCCACAAACCAGAUUUUUGCGAGCUGCCUGGUGACCAAACUGACCCCAACCAGCUGA